AUGACAAAGGGGAGCACAGAUAACAGGGAAGAGGUGGUGGCGGUGGCAAUAGACAAAGACAAAGGGAGCCAAUACGCUCUGAAAUGGACUGUUGACCAUAUUCUCACCAGAGGACAAGCUCUCACUCUAGUCCAUGUUAAUCAAAGAACAUCUUCAUUCCCCAAAACAAGUGCAGUGGGGAACCAUGAUCAGCAUGAUGAGAUUUCAAGAACACACAAACAACAACUUGAGCAUCAAGCCAAGGAGUUGUUCCUUCCAUAUCGUUGCUUUUGCACAAGAAAGGAUAUAAAAUGUAACGAAGUCAUACUUGAGGCUGUGGAUGUAGCAAAAGCAUUAAUCGAAUAUGUUUCCACAAAUACAGUUGAGGUUAUGGUUUUCGGUGCAGCAACAAAGAGUGGCCUUGUCAGAAGAUUCAAAACAGACAUUCCAAGUAGUGUGUCAAAAGGGGCACCAGAUUUCUGCACCGUGUAUGUCAUUGCCAAAGGAAAAAUAUCAAAUGUCCGACCCGCUUCUGCUUCACUACCUUCAGCUGCAAAGACUUCUCCCCGCGAUACGCACACGCACAACCAAGCAAGCCAUCAUUCUGAUAAUUUCAACCAUGCAAGCCAUCAUUCUGAUCAUCACAACCAUCACAACAAUCAUUCUGAUCAUCAUCACCCUGGUGGUACACAUUUCAUGCGUAACCAUCACUUUAGAGAGAGGGCAGGACAUCCACAUCGUAAUCUGCAUGACGAUGAAAUCAGGUCUCCAUUCGGAAGAAAUAAUAGAGCUUCGAUGAAUAAGUCGUAUGAGCUCUCCAUGCCAGAUACUGACAUAUCAUUCGUGAGCAAUGGAAGGCCAAGCGUGGAGCGCAUCUAUCCUUCUCUUUAUGAUAAUCUAGAUUCCGGAAUGACUCCUCGACUUUCGACCACCUCAGAGUUUGACAUUAGAAGCUUUGGAACAUCCUUAUCAGGAAACAAGUCAAUUCAUAUUUUAUCCCCACAGUUUGACUACUCGUCAAGCUCACACUCAUCAGGCUCACAUGAAAGUGGGGCAGCAUGGGGGUCACAGAACAUGGAUGAAGUAGAAGCUGAGAUGAGGAGGCUAAGGCUAGAGCUCAAGCAAACGAUGGAUAUGUACAAUACGGCCUGCAAGGAAGCACUCACAGCAAAGCAGAAGGCCUUGGAACUUCACCGCUGGAAAGUGGAAGAAGAACAUCGAUUAGAAGAGGCAAGAAUGGCCGAGGAAGCAGCAUUGGCAGCUGCAGAGAAGGAGAAAGCUAAGUGUAAGGCAGCCCUUGAGGCAGCUGAAGCAGCUAAGAGGAUUGCGGCACUGGAAGCAAAAAGAAGAAUGAAUGCAGAAAUGAGAGCCAUGGAAGAAGCUGAGGAGAGAAAGCACGCGCUAACUGCUUUCGCGCACAAUGAUCUCAGGUACAGAAGAUACACGAUCGAGGAGAUCGAAGCAGCAACAGAUCACUUCGCGGAAUCUCGCAAGAUUGGGGAAGGAGGUUAUGGGCCAGUAUACAUGUGUGAACUGGAUCACACACAAGUAGCAGUAAAAGUUCUACGUCCUGAUGCAGCUCAAGGACGGUCGCAGUUUCAGCAAGAGGUUGAAGUAUUAAGCUGCAUACGGCAUCCAAACAUGGUUCUCCUCCUUGGAGCUUGCCCAGAAUUUGGCUGCCUUGUCUAUGAGUACAUGGCUAAUGGGAGCUUAGAAGACCGUCUCUUUAGACGAGGUGACACACAUGUUCUUCCGUGGCAACUAAGAUUUCGAAUCGCUGCCGAGAUUGGUACUGGCCUCCUUUUCCUACACCAAACUAAGCCUGAACCGCUUGUACACCGUGAUCUGAAACCCGCAAACAUUUUGCUUGACCGGAACUAUGUCAGCAAGAUCAGUGACGUUGGCUUGGCCAGGCUUGUCCCUCCAUCAGUAGCCAACGAUGUAACUCAGUAUCGCAUGACAUCAACGGCUGGAACUUUCUGUUACAUUGACCCAGAGUAUCAGCAAACAGGCAUGCUUGGAAUAAAAUCUGAUGUAUACUCACUUGGAGUAAUGCUGCUGCAAAUAGUAACCGCAAAACCACCAAUGGGUUUGACUCACCAUGUUGAACGGGCUAUUGAGAGGGGUAAUUUCAAUGAGAUGAUUGACCCUGCUGUUCCUGACUGGCCGGUCGAAGAGACACUAAAGUUGGCCAAGCUAGCUCUUCAAUGUGCAGAAAUGAGGCGAAAAGACAGACCAGAUCUUGGACAUGUCGUGUUACCUGAGCUUAACAGACUAAGAGCACUUGCUGAAGACAACAUGUUCGGCAUUGUGUUGUGCAAUGGUGGAGGAACCUCACCAAGACAAAGCCAACAUUCCAUACUACACGAUGUGAUUAGUGACACUCAGCCACUACAAUCUGGAUUUGACAGCUCAAGGAGAAGUGAUUAGUGACUCUCAGCCACUACAAUCUGGAUAUGAUAGCUCAAAGAGCCCCUCCAGCAUAUAGCAUCUGCCAUAGG